GCAUGCCUUCUAAGAGCCCCUCCCUCACAGUGAAGGCCAAACAGGCAGAUGGCUCUUCCCUCAGCUGGACCAUGAAGAGGUUCCUGGAGCCCGCCAGCAGGCAAGGGUCUCUGAGUUCGGAGGCGGAGCUAUCUCAGUACUUUUCCCAGGAAGUAACCAGUCAUUCGUCGCUGUCGGAAACCACUGCGAUGGGAUCCAGUGAUGACGACAUGCUCCACCACAGGAGCUGUAACACCUCAAUAGACGACACCCCCGCCACUCAGCCACAUGGGUUAAAAGAUGCCUCUGGUGUAGGAGUGGAGGUCAGCGUGGAGGUCAGAACAGAUGAUAAGGCUCCCGGUGUCCCGGUGUUGAACCGGCCAGUGGAGGCCACCCAGCGCCAGCCCAGCGUGUGUAGUCCUGGUAGCAGCUCCGUCCGCAGUCCACUGCUCCGACAGAGACGAGUCAUCUGCCGUGACGAUGAGGUCAGCGAUGAUGAAGAUGCUGUUACCCUGCCCUUCCGCCAGGUCGCUGGUCGGGUUACCGCUAUGGGGGUGGUUGCUGACUCUGGCAUCAUGAUCUCUACUACAUCAGUGGAGUUGGACGAAGAGAGUGAAGGCCCACAUAUCCUGCUUCGUAGUAAUUCUCUGGAGUCACAGGAAGGGGUCGGUUUCGUUCCUUCCUCCGGCGCAGAAUCACCCUUCAUGCCUAUCCGCCGGUUGGACCAGCACCAGACCCCCGGGGGAGGAGGAGGGUCUUUCCCCACGACAGGCCCCAGUAACCUGGGUGUGAGGAAGGACCCUCAGGGCCCCCUGGAGCCCAAGCACUCCCCUAAGCUGGAACACAAAGCUGUGACACGCGUCAAGACUAUGCUGAGCAUCGAGGCCCCGCCCAUCCAGCCAACCAAUCAGCAGAACCAGAACCAGAGAACCAAAGGAGAGGAGUCUCCGACCUCCUCAUCCUCUCAGUCUCUGGCCCCUCAGCCUGGGGUAGCCUCCAGCCACUCCCUGGGACGGCCUGGUUGUAACCCCAACCUCCUCUGUAAGAAGGGCGAGGCCUGCAGUGAGCUGGCGGGGGAAGAGCCAGCUCACUGCACCAUCGACAAGGUGGUCCUGAGGAGGAGUGAGGAGGAGUCCUUCGGUCUGGACCUGGAGAUCAGAUCCUCUCCUCUGAAGGUGGUGAUAACUGGAUUGAGGCUUGGAGGAGCGGCCGAGAGAGAGUCCCGGGGCAGGAUGUGUGUGGGAGACGAGAUCGUGUCGAUCGGGGACACGCCCACGUGCUCCUCGUCCUAUCACGACAUCUGUGAGCUCAUGCACAACCUUCCCGUGACCCUCGCGCUGGAGGUCAAGAGGCCCAUGUCAGCAUUAUAA